CGAACGAUGAGUGCGCUCGGGUCGCCGUCGCCGAGUCGAUUGCCCGCGCUGCUGCUGCUGCUGCUGCUGCUGCCGACGACGACAUCGGCCGUCCAGCGAGCCCGCCUGCCCUUUGCGGCCGAUCGGUGCGUCAGGAGGAGCUUUGCGGUUGUGCUCGCGCAGGACGCCGCCGUUCGAGGCGGCAAGAUCACGGACGACGGCCUGGACUACUCUUUUGCGUACCAGGCUCGGUACGGCGGCUCGAGCGCGUGGCUGACCAACCUGGUCUCCUCCUCCUCCUCGCGCGUCCUCACGCAGAUCUCAGGCCACCUCAGCUCGACCAUCGUGGUCGCCGCCGUCAUCGCGGUCGCGUUCCAAGCGGCGAGUGUGGGGUCGCUGCCAGAGCCGCUCGGCGCGGCCGUCCGGGCGUGCGCGCUGCCGAGCCUGCCGCACGAGGCGGUGGGCAGCAUCAUCGCUCUCCUGCUCGCCUUUCGGACCGGCCAGGCCUACGACCGGUUCUGGGAGGGGAGGCAGCUGUGGGACGGCGUCUACUCGGCGACGCGCGCCCUCGUCCGCCUCACGUCCGCCACGGCGCGCGCGUCCGGGCAGGCGGCGGGAGAGGGCGAGGGCGCGGCGGGCGAGAGCGCGGCGCUCAUCGUCGGCCUGACCGCCGCGUACCCAUACGCGCUCAAGCAGCACCUGCGCGGCGAGCGCGACGUCAGGGAGCUGCUGGAGGCGGCGACGGCGGCGUCGGGCGGCGCGGCAGGCGGCGGCGCGCGCAGGCCUCCCGCGCUGAGGCCGCUCGCCGGGUGCGCGCAGCAGCCCAACCUGCCUCUGGCGGCCACCUCGUCUCAUCUCCCCAUAUCUCCCCAUAUCUCCCCAUAUCUCCCCAUAUCUCCCCCGCCUGCGGAGCGCAUCAAGGGGACGCCGGUGCCGCUCUCGUACUCGCGCCACACGUCGCGCUUCUUCUCCGUCUACACGUUCACGCUGCCGCUCGCGCUGUGUGAGCACAUCGACCUGUGGCUGCUGCCGCCGACAGAACCCUUUGGCCGCGGCCUCACCUCCGACCCCGACCAGCCAGAGGCGGACCAGCUGGAGGUGCUGCCGCUCGGCCGCUACUGCGCCGACAUCGCCUCGGACAUCGCCACCAUCUGGCGGUAUACGGACAACCCGGUGACGAUCGACGACAUGCCAGGCGGCGGCGACGACAUCGACCUGUUCGACGACAUCGAGGUCGCCUAACGCGACGCCUCUCGCCCCGCCGGCGAGUCCGUCUCGCCGCCGGCGCACCGCAGCGUAUGGCCCCCUCUCUGGUCGGGAGGGCGUGGAGAGGCGGUUGAGCUCCUCGGCUUGCGCCGCAACAUAUAUGUCUGCAGAGACCAUGUGAGCUCGCUCGUACCCAAGCAUGCACUGGAUCGUCAGCCCACCUGUUUUUGUCUCACUGCCUCCCUCUCUCUUAAUGUACGUGUGUGUGGACCCCCGCC